AUGGUAAAGACUCGACCGGCUCAUCUCAAAGGUAAAACUGCUGGACGGAACGUCUAUAGUGAAGGCAAGAAGAUGACAGCCGAGAAGAAAAAAGCCAAGAAUAAAAUCAAAGCAAAAGGAAAAGCGAAACACGCAGCAAAAGUUGCGAAAGAGGGGAAAAAACGAUUGGCUAAAAAUGUAAUUAACCAAAGUCAAGUACUGGAUGAGGAAGAUGAUGGGUUUAUUGAGUUUCAAGCUGAUGAAAACGAGCAUAAAAACAAGGAUAAAGAGCUUCAAAAUGAGACCAUUCAUGCUCUGAUGCUGGAAACACGGCCCUGGAUGAGAAACCGCAAGGGUUAUUUCAAUACUUGCAAUGUCUACGAGUGUCUACACGAAGAAAUUAUGGAUUUUGUGAACUUUAUGAGCCCGACAGAGGAAGAACUCAAUAGUCGAGCAAAGUUGAUUGAUGACAUGCGAGAGAUUGUCAAAGAGUUGUGGCCUGGAGCUACUGUCGAGACUUUUGGGUCGCACUAUACGCAGAUGUUUCUACCUCAAAGUGACAUUGACAUGGUCCUCUUUGGAGUUCCGGAAGGAAAAGAGCCAUUGUAUAAAUUGGCACAGUGUCUUGAGGAGAAAGAGCUGGUAAGUUACUUGGAAGUGAUUGAUAAAGCUCGGAUUCCUAUUGUUAAAAUGGUGCACAAGACCAGUGACAUUCACGUAGACGUGUCAUUCAAUGUGGCGGGUGGCCUGGCAACUGGAGAUCUAGUCAAGCACUAUAUGCGUGUGUACCCGUCGUUCCGUCCGCUGACGCUUGUGCUGAAGUGCUUUAUGGCACAACGAGGACUAAAUGAGACGUAUUCAGGUGGUAUAGGAUCUUUCUUGCUGCAGAUGAUGGUGGUCAGCUUCUUGCAGCAUUAUGGACGCGCAUUAGGUGCUGAACACAAUGAUCCGAAAUUUAACAAUUUGGGUCUUUUGUUGGUGGAAUUCUUUACGUUGUAUGGACGUGAUUUCAACUACACAGAGCUUGGUAUCUCUGUGCGCAAUGGUGGCUCGUACUUUUUCAAGGAAAAUCGUCAUUGGUGUGAUGCUGGAAGACCUUUCCUCAUUGCCAUGGAAAACCCUAACGAACCGAGCCUGGACAUUGGCAAAAACUCAUAUGAGAUGCGGACCGUCAAACGCUCUUUUGACUAUGCCCGCCAGGUACUACAAAACGAAAUAUACCGUCACGGUCACUUCAGUGCUUUUCCUGGUAGCAUUCUGGGCACCAUUAUUCAGGCAGAUAGCAAUCUGUUGAAGAGAGACCCACCUGAUAGUUUUGGCUAUGAUAUUCUGCACCACGACCCUGAAAAGACGGCAGAAAUUCGCAAGCAGUACGAGAUGCGGCGAAAUGAAGAAGCAAACAAGAAGCGCGCAAUAGAAUCGACAAAAGGCACGCGCCAAAAUGAUAGAAGUGAGCCGCCCUACAAACGCUGGAGAGGACGCUCAAGUCGAGCAUACUAA